GCGCACGCGGCUUGAUAUUUCCCGCGAGGCGCUUAGAACGCGGCAUGAGUCGCCCGCACGGUCAUUUCCGGUACUCUCUCGCGCAGGACAGACGCUCCGCGAGUGUGUUUUCGAGGCUCGGGUACCGAUCUCCCGCGAGAGACAUCCGCGUGUCAGCCGUGAUUAUAGCUCGACGUGCUGGGGAUUCUCGUCGCGCGAGCGAUCAGCGGACGCGCCCGACGAAGGCGUGAUGCGCAUUCCUCUCGCGACGUGUCCGACGAGCGCGGUUGUGUAAAUAGCGCGUAGUGGUCGUCUGCGCACGCCCGGUGCGCAUCCGCGGCCAGAUGAGCGCGGGAUCGCGCGGCAGCUAGACGCGAGGGUCGCGAGGCGCGGACUGUGUGGCGCGGGUGAGAAGGGGAGAAAGAGACGGAAAGAAAAGAAGAGCGAGAAACAGGCGGAGUGAGCCGCGGUGCUUGCGUUGCGGCGGUAGUUCGUUUAUUAUUUCGACGGUGCUCGAGUGAAGGCGUGAAGCGUUUUACGUCGAAGAUUAUCGACUGGCGUCGGUCGGAGUAAAAGGCGGCGUGAUCACGCUCGAUUCCGUGAUGGACGGCCCGAACGUGAAUGGCGGGAACGCCGCGGUACCGCGCGAGGAUCCUAACCUCGAAAGCAGUGGCGGCGGCGACGGCGGCGGAGAUGGUAGUGGUAGUAGUGCUGCUCCGGGUAUUGAUACGACCGUAUCAAUUGUCACCGUGUUAGACACGAGCGACAAGACAACGAUUGGUGGUAAUGGGGAUACGCAGGAGAUCAACGGUGAGCUCAAGGGUUCGCCCAGGAAGCACAGCACGCCCUUCCCCCGCAGGAAAAUGAGGAAAUUCAAGGCCAACUCUACGGGCACCAUGGAGGUCGACUCGGCGGAGACGCCCGGAACGAAGGAACGCAAACGAAAGCUGUCGGAAUAUGAAGACGCCAGUUCUGAGGAUUCGGAGGAAUUCAAUGGCUUCGAUGCUCAGGGACUCGAACUUCAGCCUGGUAGUCAUGUUUUGAAGAAACUCAUUGCUGAAGCAGAAAUAGCAGAAGCACAACUUACAAAACGUAUAAAAUAUUCAAUGAGGACUAUUGAUAUCAGAGAAAAGGAUGAUAAUCAAGUUUUGGAUGAUAUGAGAACGUAUGUUUAUGAAACGGACAGUUUUGAACAUCUAGAUAUGACAAAGAUUAAAAAAGAAAAGGAGUCCGAUAAGUCGGAAACAGAUUCAAUUGAUAUACCAAAUAGCAUAGAUUCUGAAAUUGAGCCAAAUAAAAUUGAUAUAACGUCUAUUAGAUCGGUGAAUUCCUCAUCGGCUGCGAGUAGUCCUUCGGCAACGUCGCAGAGGUCAAAAGGUAGUCAUGUUUCUGGUGGUGCCAGUCCAGGUGGAAAGCACAAAGCCCCUGUCGAUAUGUCAAAUCCUUUGUAUAAAGAGCCAUUUAAGUAUGGUUGGAAACGAGAAUUAGUGUUUAGAGCUAGUCAGGACUCUUCUUUCAAAAAAAUGGCUGAUAUAUAUUAUUAUACACCAAAGGGGAAGAAAGUUAGGAGUUUUAGAGAAGUUGCAGAAUCUCUUAAUUCAAAAGAGUUGACUAUUGAUAAUUUCACAUUCUUUAAAGAACCUAUUGGACUUAAUGAUCCUGAGAAGGAAGUUAUUCGAGAUGCUAAGAGAUUUCGAGGAUCUAUGGGGUCAGCAAAGAAGUAUACUAAAAAAGCUACGCCAGUGAAGAAAACAGUACAAGAACCUGCAGCAAAGAAAUUACCGGAACCUACACCGAAAAAAUCAUAUGAACCUGGUACAUCAAGAAAACAACCUGUACAAGAACCUCCCGCACCUGUACCCGCGGAAACUGUAAAACCUGUUCCUACACCUGUAUCAGUAUCUACAAAAGCAGCUAAAUCGGUAAAAGCAUCGGCGUCUCCAGCAUAUAAAGCAAAAACAAUCACAAAGAAAACUCCUCAGAUAAAGAUGAAAACACCGGCCGAAGAGAGCGAGAUGCUUCCACCUCAGCGGAGUACAACAAAUACAAGAAGGAAUCAACAUUCAACUGAAAAGAUUAUACCAGUUAAAACCAAAAGAUUAUUAACGCCGAAAGUUCAAGAGCCAUGCAGCAUAAGAUGUUCAACAAGUGUGGGAUUAAUACCAAGCUUGCAGUGUCGAGUUUGUCUAUGUUUAUAUCAUCCUGAAUGUGUCGAUGGCAUGGAAUUUGCAGGCAGUGAUGAAUAUGUCUGCAAGAAUUGUCAGCCGGAUAUUAAAGAAUCUCAUAUGCCAAACAAUCCAUCUUUAACACCACCUCCGCUGAUUCCAAUUAGUAUGUUAGGUACACAAAAUGCUAAAUCAAAACUCCAGACUAAUUCGUCUCCUCCAAAAUUGCAAAGAAUUCUAAAGUCUGACGGAGCGGACGCGCAAACAAGAAAUUCUUUCAAAACUACUAAAAUAUCCUUAAAUUCGUCCUCAAAUAUAGACAAGAAAGAAAGUACUUGGUUUCCUCAAACGGAAAAUGAAUUUUUACAAAGUCAUGAUGGUACUAUGCCGAAACCGGCGCAAAAUAUUGCUUUAAUGGGUGGUAAAAGAUAUAUCGUAGUACCGAAAAAUAACGCAAUGGCUGUUCAACCGGCUAUAACAGUAAAACCAGACAAAAUUGGUGAUAAGCCGCCAAUGCUUCAAGAUGGAUCACUUACUGACAUUUCCAAUACUGCGGAUAAUUCUGUGGCUAAACUAUGUACUCCUCCAUCUUUAAAUACUGACUUAUCUCACGAAAAAACAGAUGUUACAUCUGACAAAGAUAUUUCAAAAGAUAAGAUUCAUCAAACAGAUCUUGUAUCUUCUCUUACUACCGAAAUGGCUGAGACACUUAUAUAUGAUGAUAAAGACAAAGAAAGUAAGAAUACUCCUGAAGGAGAUCAGCCAACUGAAAAUAUAUUAGAAAACAAAUCUUUCACUGCCAAUAUAGAUUAUGUUCCAGAAAAAGAAAAGGCAGAUAUAAAUUGUAAAUCACCUAACAAUAAAUCUGUUUCUAUACCGGUACACGUGGCAAAUAUUACAAGUGCUCUUGAAGAAAAUGCUGAACCGAUUAAAACAGAUCAUCAACAGUCGUUGUCAAGUAAAGCGAGUACAAUAAUAAAAGUUAAAAAUAUCAAGAGGAAGCAAAACCAACAGGAAUUGGAGCAGCAGCAAAAUUUCAUGAAUUCAGUUUGCGCCGGUUAUCACGCUUUAUUGCGCAUCUUCCAAUACCUUAAGGUCCAAGAGUUAUUGCGAGCCGCGAGAGUUUGUAAAAUGUGGCGUGAUCUCGCUGCGCAUCCGUCUCUGUGGAAAACCGUACGGAUGAAGAAUAGUCAGGUAACCGAUUGGGAUGGUUUGGCGGAUACAUUACAAAGACGUGGUACCCAGCAUCUGGAUCUCAGGAAAAUGUUAGUUGCUGGCGAAUCUGAUAACAUUUGGAAGAAAUUCUUGACUGUCAUACCACGUGUGACGAGUCUUGUGAAGCUCGAAUUAUGCAGAUGUCCCGUUGUAGUUGUUGAAGAAGUUAUUAAGAGCUGUCCUCAAUUGGAAGUAUUUAGUGCAAUGUCGAUCAAGUGCGAUUCCCUCACAUUGGAAUCGAUCGGGAACUUAAGUCGAUGUCAAGAACUCAGAUUAAAAGCAAUAACUGGAAUGUCGCUACAACAAGAUCUUACACCUCUGCAGGACCUAAAACACUUGACGCAAUUGAGUUUAACAUCAGUUAAAGAACUUGGAAAGAAGAAGAUUGACAUUAUACAAACGUUGACAAAUUUGGAGACGUUAGAGUUAGGCGAAUGUUCUGACUUCCCCGAUAAGUUUGGAACUACCGUUUUAAUUAAAUUGAAUAAAUUGGAACGUCUCCGACUUGAAAAAGGUCAAGGAUCCUGUUGUACGUUUGAUAUCCUUGAAGGCGUAUCGAAAUUACAGAACUUGAGCCAAAUGGAAUUGGUGAAUUUCGAUGUGAAAAAUGGUUUCGAUAAAUGCCUUGCUAAUUGCAAAAACAUCAAGAGGCUAUUGAUCAUACCGACUUACAUAUCCCAGUCGGCAACAUCCAACAAUAUGGUGCUUGGCGGUGUCACCGAAUUAUCAGACAACUUGACGCAUUUUAUAUGGGGUGUUACGCUCGAAUUACUUAGAGUUACGGAACUGUUUGUUGAUCAGUGCAACCUCAUGAGUAAACAGGUUACUGGAGAUUCUAUACCAGUUUUAAAACCUGUCCCCUGUUUAAGAUUAAUUGAGGAUGUCGAAGAUAUGAACGAAAAUCAAAAAGGCGAUGACAAGCAACAGCCACAUCUAACAAGUCCACAAGUCGACAUUUUACCAUUGCCACAACUUCAGAAACUCCUUUUAACCGCAUUACCCAAGACACGGGUCAAGAUCUUGAAAAUUCCUUUUCACGCCACGUGGCGACAGAGCAUUUCCGAUACUACCACGCAGUAGAAACUAACAAGGUGAUACUGGUACGGAGUCGAAUGAAGCAAAUAGAAUUAAAAUGCCGUUGGAAAUUUUUGUAAAAUUAACUAUAUAGUGUCCGUGCUCCUAUAUAUCUACUAUUUUUUGGAAAGGAAAAUAACUUAUAUAUUUAUGUACUAUGAGUUUUAUAAUCUUCAAUUAAUAAUCUUUCGCAACGUAUCGGUACACACUGCGGUAUAUUUAGUAUUUUUGUGAUAAAUACGCGGGACCACGUAUCAUACACCAUCUUUUUGCCACGAGCAAAAUGAUACAACAUGUUGGUAUCCUUGUACGGGUUAAUUUAAUCAAAUAAAAAAAUUUUAACUUUUAUAUAUCACGAUUUUAUUUUCUCGUGCAUGAAGGAAGUGAAAACAGUGUCGAUUUAUACUAUCGAAGUUGCUGUGAUGUGUACCUGCGUUGAAAGUAAUCUGAAAAGAUUACGUAUAAAUAUGUGAAUUGUGUUUUGGAUUCUUAUGAUAAGAAAUUAAUGUUUAUAAAAUUACGUAUUCAUUAAUAAGGAAAAUAUUCGAGCGCAGUAAGAAUCGUUUUAUUCAAUUCCCAUAGAAGUAUCGAUCUUCAUUUGGGAUUCAUCUGUAAGACAUCCAGUAUCGAAAGUAGUUAGAAUUAUAAUUUCACUUUAUAUAACAUCGAUCUAUUGGAGUAACAGAAAGUAUGAGAUCGCGUGAUCUGUACGGCUCUAUUUAGAGAUUAGAAAAAUGUAUAAAAUAAUAUUAUAUACAUAUUAUAUCGUAUCGUAUUUGUAUCUUUUAAUGUUUAGGAUAUGAGUUUUUCGCUGCAAAGAAAACGGCAAAAUCUGGGGUAGUAUAGAACGUGUAAUAUACUUAUUUACUUAUUGCACAAUACAUAAUCAAAUGUAACAUUACAUGAGGAGAUAUUCAUUGAUCGAUAUGUAUCGAGUACAAAAUGUGUAUAACUGUAAGUUUCCAAUAAUGACGACUUCUAUACUCUUAAAGAGGCACAACUUAUUUCUUUGCUUUGAUGACCCUGGCAUUAUCUUCUCUAAAAAAUAUGUAUUAGAACAUGGAAUGGGGAGGGGGGGGAGAAAAGAGAUUUAUAUUUUAUACUAUAAGAGAAAUACAACAUGUUAGAGUUAUACUAAAUUUACGUUUUAAGUGAUAAUAUAAAAUUGAAUAUUAUUAAAAUUAUGUUGUAAGC